CGGCCGUAUUUAAUACAAUUUUGUCAAGUUUAUCGCUGCUGUCAAAUAGAAUAUAUACUUUGAACACUAAUAAGUUGGAAAUCUCCAUAAAAAUGGGCGGAAACCUCACAAAAUUGUACACCAGCUCAAAGCGCAUCGAAAACAUAAACAUCUACAUGCCCAAUUUGCAAAACCUAAAAAACUAUCAAAAGUUGAGGUGCUACGCGGCAAAUUCCGACCCAAUCCUUCCUGAGAAAACCACCUAUUUACUGAGAAAGCCAAGCAUCGAGGGCCUGCAAAGCAAUUCCCAAACACUGUUGAAGGAACAGGACGAGUUCACUUGGGAGAUGCAGAGGCGUCGCCAGCCGAAUUUGGAUAAGCUGCUGGAUCAUCUGAAGUUCAUCGCGGAGGAACAUCAGAAAGAAUUGGCACGAUUGGAGCUAGAAAAAUAUUUGCAGUCGCUGAAGCUGCGCAGUUCGAGAAGCGAGCCGCACAUCGAGGUGAUCUUCGAGAACGAUCCCCCAACAAGCAACGUUAAUCGCCGUAUCAUCAUCAGAGAGGAACACUCCCACACUGACCUCGCACCAAUGACUGAUAAAGUUAUUAAAAAUUAUUUCUUCACUCAUCUUAUAUUGUUUUUGGCUGGCAAGAUUCAAAACAUUGUUGGCUCAAUUGCAAAAAAAAUUAGAAUGUUGCUUGAAAUCUUCGCAAAUGGUAAAAAGAAAGGAGGAUCCAUUAAGGAUGAGUUUUUAAACGAAACAGAAUUGGAGAUGCAAAGACAAAUUACUUUGAAGGCGUUAGAAAAAUGCUACGGAAUGUUUCAUCGUUACAAAUCAGACUCAUCGUUGGACAUGUGUCAUUCAGAAGACAUAAAUAUAUUGUUCAAAGGAAGCAGCGAAACUGAAUCUAGUAUCACUAUUUAACAAAUGAAUCAAAUUUAUGUGUACUUGACAACGAGAAAUAAACAAAUCCAAAUCAUAGUAAA